UUCUCUAGCGCCCUACCCAUAGUUCUUUGCAACGAUUCCGGAAGCCCUUUUCUUCCUUUUCCGCUGAAGCUGAGUCUCUAUUCAGUUCACACCGGCGGUCACCAUGGCAGCCCUCAGACCUCUCACCAAGCCCAAGAUUGUUAAAAAGAGGACGAAGAAGUUCAUUCGCCAUCAGUCUGACCGAUAUGUCAAGAUUGCAAAAAGCUGGCGUAAACCUAGAGGUAUUGACAAUAGGGUCCGCAGGCGGUUCAAGGGUCAGAUGCUGAUGCCCAACAUCGGUUAUGGCAGCAACAAGAAGACAAAGCACAUGCUUCCCUCUGGCUUCAGGAAGUUCCUGGUGCACAACAUCAAGGAGCUUGAGGUCCUCAUGAUGAGCAACAAGACCCAUUGUGCAGAGAUCGCCCACAACGUCUCCUCAAAGAACAGGAAGCUGAUUGUGGAGAGGGCAGCCCAGCUUGCCAUCAAGAUCACCAACCCCAACGCCAGGCUCCGCAGCGAGGAGAACGAGUGAUCUAGCCAUUAUAUUGUCAAUAAAACAACUUAAAAAUUUGAA